CCUUCGACAGAUCCGCAGGCGAAUCGACCCUCGCCAGCGUCGCUCCCUUCAUCUUUCGUUCGACGCGCCCAGCACAGGCACGCCAGUGCUUAUUACGUGUUGCCUUUGUGUGUUGAGCGAGCCCGCGGGGAGCCUUUGCUGCGAGAGGCGCUGACGCAGGUGGAGGAGUUGUGUGCUCUGUGCUUUGUGUGCUGUGUGCUUUUGUGCUUGCAGUGCGCGCUCGCCCUGGGCGCCUGGCCGCCGUGGACCUGUGCUGUGUGCUUCGUGUGCUGUGCGCUUUGUGUGCUGUGUGCUUUGUGUGCUGUGCGCUUUGUUGUGCUUGCACGCGAGGCGCUCGCCCUGGUGGAGGAGGUGCGCCGCUCGGGGCGCCUGGCCGCCGUGGACCUGUGCUGUGUACUUUGUGUGCUGUGUGUGCUGAGUGGAGUGUGCUUG